ACUGGAGCGAGAGGAGGAGACGGGAGAAACGAAAGCGAAAGCGGGCGGCGGGCCCGGCGGCCAGAGCGCUCGCGAGCCGCCAUGGACGUGUACCGCACGCCCGCCGCCGCGCUGGACCGCCUGGUGGCGCGCAGCCUGCAGCCGGACGGCGACUUCGCGGGGCCGGCGCGGCGCGCCCUGGGCGCCCUGCUCGCGGCCCUGCGGGAGCGCGGGGGACGCGGGGGCGCCGCGGGGCAGCCGGCGCUGCGGGUGCGGAAAAGCGUGCAGGGAGGCUCCUGUGGCCGGGGCACAGCCCUCAGGGGUGGCAGUGACUGUGAACUUGUCGUCUUUCUCGACUGCUUCAAGAGCUUUGAAGACCAGAGGGCCGGCCGGGCGGAGGUCCUCCGGGAGCUGCAGGCGCUGCUGGACGCCUGGGGGCGGGAGCCGGGGCCGGGUCUGAAGCUGGAGUCCCCCGUGCAGGCCACGGGUGGGCUCUUGCGGUUCCGACUGGCAGCCGUUGACCUUGAGAACUGGAUGGACGUCAGCCUGGUUCCUGCCUUCGAUGCGCUGGGGCAGCUCGGAGCUGGCGCCAAACCCGAGCCCCAGGUCUACUCCGCCCUCCUGGGCGGCGGCUGCCAGGGGGGCGAGCACUCGGCCUGCUUCGCGGAGCUGCGCCGGAGCUUCGUGAACAUGCGCCCGGCCAAGCUGAAGAACCUCAUCCUGCUCGUCAAACACUGGUACCGCCAGGUGUGCCCGAAGGAGGCUGGGGAGGGGACGCUGCCCCCGGCCUACGCCCUGGAGCUGCUGACCAUCUUUGCCUGGGAACAGGGCUGUGGGAAGGACGCCUUCAGCCUGGCCCAGGGCCUCCGCACCGUGCUGGGCCUCAUCCAAAGCUAUCAGCAGCUGUGUGUUUUCUGGACCGUCAACUACGGCUUUGAGGACCCUGCUGUCAGCCAGUUCUUGCGGGGACAGCUUAAGAGACCCAGGCCUGUCAUCCUGGACCCGGCUGACCCCACGUGGGAUGUGGGUAACGGGACGACCUGGCACUGGGAGGUGCUGGCCCUGGAGGCCGAGUCCUGCUACCACCACCCGUGCUUUCUGCAGGGGACCGGGGACCCUGUGCAGCCCUGGGAAGGGCCGGGCCUUCCACGUGCCGGGGGCUCCGAUUUGGGCCACCCCAUCCAGCGCGACCCUGGCCAGGGGACCCCCGAGGACGGCGAGAGACUCGACGCCAUGCACCCGGGGCCCCCCCGCCCAGCUCCGGGCCCCUCAGAGGCAGCCCCGGGUCCCAGUCCGAGUCCGAGUCCAGCGGGGCUGGCCAUGGACCUGGCUCAGAUCCCCUCCAAGGAGCUGGACCGCUUCAUCCAGGAGCACCUGAAGCCGAGCCCGCGAUUCCAGGAGCAGGUGAAGAAGGCCAUCGACGCCAUCUUGUGCUGCCUCCGGGAGAAGUGUGCCCACAAGGUCUCGAGAGUGAGCAAGGGGGGCUCAUUUGGCCGGGGAACAGACCUCAGGGGUGGCUGUGACGUGGAACUCGUCAUCUUCCUCCACUGCUUCACUGACUUCACGGCGCAGGGCCCCAGCCGCGCAGAGGUGCUUGCGGGGAUGCGGACCCAGCUGGAGUCCUGGUGCCGGGAGCCGGGGCCCGGCCUGACCCUGAAGUUCCCCGCGCAGGAUGGUGCCAAGGCUUUGCGGUGCCGGCUGGAGUCCUCGACCCUAGAAGGCUGUGUGGACAUUAGCCUGCUGCCCGCCUUCGAUGCCGUGGGGCAGCUCGGAGCUGGCGCCAAACCCAAGCCCCAGGUCUACUCCGCCCUCCUGGGCAGUGGCUGCCAGGGGGGCGAGCACGCGGCCUGCUUCGCCGAGCUGCGCCGGAGCUUCGUGAACACGCGCCCGGUCAAGCUGAAGAACCUCAUCCUGCUCGUCAAACACUGGUACCGCCGGGUUGCGGCUCAGGACACAGGAAAGCAGCCAGCCAGCGCCUCUCUGCCCCCAGCCUACGCCCUGGAGCUCCUGACCAUCUUUGCCUGGGAGCAGGGCUGCGGGAAGGAUCGCUUCCCUAUGGCCGAGGGCCUCCGCACCGUCCUGGAGCUUGUCCGGCAGCAUCAGCAGCUCUGUGUCUACUGGACGCUCAACUACGGCAUCGAGGACCCGGCUGUGAGGACCCACCUUCUUGGCCAGCUUCGGAAACCCAGACCUCUGAUCCUGGACCCUGCUGACCCCACCUGGAAUGUGGGCCAGGGCAACUGGGAGCUGUUGGCCCGCGAAGUGGCGGCCCUGGGGACACAAGCCUGCUUUACAAGUGGAGACGGGACAGCCGUGCAGCCCUGGGACGUGCUGCCGGCUCUGCUUCACCAAACCCCAGCCGCGGACCUCGACAAGUUCAUCAGCGAAUUUCUGCAGCCCAACCGCCAGUUCCUGGCUCAGGUGAACAAGGCUGUCAACGCCAUCUGCUCCUUCCUGCGGGAAAACUGCUUCCGGAAUUCGCCCAUCAAAGUGCUCAAGGUGGUCAAGGGCGGCUCUUCAGCCAAAGGCACGGCGCUGCGAGGCCGCUCGGACGCCGACCUGGUGGUCUUCCUCAGCUGCUUCGGCCAGUUCAGCGAGCAGGGCAACCGGAGAGCCGAGGUCAUCGCGGAGAUCCGGGCCCAGCUGGAGGCGUGUCAGCAGGAGCGGCAGUUCGAGGUCAAGUUCGAGAUCUCCAAGUGGGAGAACCCCCGCGUGCUGAGCUUCUCGCUGUCGUCCCCGACCAUGCUGGACCAGAGCGUGGACUUCGACGUGCUGCCUGCCUUUGACGCCCUGGGCCAGCUGGUCCCCGGCUCCAGGCCCAGCUCUCAGGUCUACGUCGACCUCAUCCGCAGCUACAGCCACGCGGGCGAGUUCUCCACCUGCUUCACGGAGCUGCAGCGGGACUUCAUCGUGUCCCGGCCCACCAAGCUCAAGAGUCUGAUCCGCCUGGUGAAGUACUGGUACCGGCAGUGCAACAAGAUGCCCAAGGGAAGGGGCUCCCUGCCCCCCCAGCACGGGCUGGAGCUCCUGACGGUGUACGCGUGGGAGCAGGCCGGUCGGGAUGCCCAGUUCAGCAUGGCUGAGGGCUUCCGCACGGUCCUGGAGCUGGUCAGCCAGUACCGCCAGCUCCGCGUCUACUGGACGCUCAACUACGACAGGGAGGACAAGACCAUCAGAGACUUCUUGGAACUGCAGCUACAAAAACCCAGGCCCAUCAUCCUGGAUCCGGCUGACCCAACUGGCAACCUGGGCCACAGUGCCCGCUGGGACCUGCUGGCCAAGGAGGCCGCCACCUACAUGUCCUCCCUGUGCUGCAUGGACAGGGACGGCACCCCCAUCCAGCCAUGGCCAGUGAAGGAGGUGUGGCCCUGCCACCUAACAGUGCUCUGUGGGGGAGGGGACACCGUCAUCAUUGAGACGACUCCGCCCUGUGAGCAGACCCCGUGGUGUCUGUCCCCCUCCUCCAUGGGUGGGCAGGUGACAGAGGAGGGACCCGAGGCCAGUCUCCCUGGAGGAGACACUUCCAGCCGCGUUGGGGUUCCCCGGAGAGGCAGACGCGGGAGGACACACAGGCAGAUGUGCACACAGAUUUGUGGGCAAGGAUUGGCUCACAUGAGUAAAGGAGGUGGAGAAAUCCCACCAUCGGCCAUCUGUCGGCUGGGAAGCAGGUGCCAUGGCUGCAGCACGAGGUUGAAGUUCUGGGCAGGAACCAGAGAGAGGGACUCCUCCGGGUUCCCUCAGCCCAUUCGCUACCAGCUCAGCAGCCAGCCAGCAGCCAUGGGGAACUGGGAGUCCCAGGUGUCCUCCGUCCCCGCUCAGCAGCUGGGAGACUUUGUCCAGAACUCCCUGAGGCCCUAUGAAGAGUGCCAGCGGCAGAUAAGCCACCUGGUGGACGUCAUCUGCUCCACACUGAAGGAGCCCCAGGAGUUUCCGAUCGUGCGGGGCGUGGUCAGAGGCGGCUCGUAUGGCCGGAAGACGGUGCUGAGAGGCCGCUCCGACGGGACCCUCGUCCUCUUCCUUGACCACUUUCAACAAUUCCGGGAUCAGAAGGAGAGCCACCAGGACAUGCUCAGGAUCCUCGGGCACCGGCUGAUGAUGCGCCUGGUGGCACAGGGGUACACUGACAAGUGGGAGGUCCUCACCACCCAGGACGGGCUCGUCAUCAAGGUGUCCACCAGGUGGCAGAGCGUCGUCUUUGAGGUGCUGCCCGCUUUCAACGCGCUGGGCUUCGGCGAGAGCCCCAGCCCCUGGGUCUACCGGGACCUCAGAAGAGCCCUGGAUGAGACAAAAGCCAGACCCGGCGCGUUCGCCGCCUGCUUCACGGAGCUCCAGGAGAAGUUUUUUAGCAAGUAUCCCAGGAAGCUGAAGGACUUGAUCCUCUUGAUGAAGUACUGGCGUCAGCAGUGCCAGAAAAAUUGCGUCGGUUCCUCCGUUCCGCCUGUGUACGCUCUGGAGCUGCUGACGGUGUACGCCUGGGAGCAGGGCUGCGGUGCCCAAGACUUCGACAUGGCCCAAGGUGUCAGGACGGUGCUGCAGCUGGUCAGGCAGCCAGAGAAGCUGUGCAUCUACUGGACCGUGAACUACAACUUUGAGGAGGAGACCAUCAGGAACACGCUUCUGCACCUGCUCGGAUCUCCCGGGCCCAUCAUCUUGGAUCCAGCCGACCCCACCAACAACGUGAGUGGGGGUCUCAGCUGCUGGCAGCUACUCAAGGAGAAAGCCCACGCCUGGCUCGCUGCUCCCAGCCUGAAUUCGGAGCUGGGGUCCUGGAAUGUUCUGCCAAAGCCACUGUUCAUGACCCCAGGCCACCACCUGGACAAGUUCAUCAAGGACUUUCUCCAGCCCAAUGAGCACUUCCUGAGCCAGGUCCAGCAGGCCAUUGACCUCAUCUGCAAAUUCCUUAGAGAAAACUGCUUCCGGAAUUCCACCACCAAGAUCCAGAAGAUUAUCAAGGGAGGCUCCUUGGCCAAGGGCACCGCCCUGAAGAACAGUUCCGACGCUGACCUCGUGGUGUUCCCCGAUUCGCUCAAGAGCUACACCUCCCAGAAAACCGAGCGGGCCCAAGUCCUCCGGGAGAUCAAGGAGCAGCUGCAGGCCUACCAGAAGGAGCAGCAGCUGGAAGUGAUCUUUGAGGUUUCCAAGUGGAAGAAUCCCCGGGUGCUGAGCUUCUCUCUGAAGUCCAGGAAGCAUUGUGAAUACAUCCAUGUCGACGUGCUUCCCGCCUUUAACGCGCUAGGGCAGCUGAAUUCUGGCUCCACACCCGACCCCAAGGUCUACACGGAGCUCAUCCGUCUGUGUAAAUCCCCGGAUGACGUCCUGGGUGGCGAGUUCUCCACCUGCUUCACGGAGCUGCAGCGCAACUUUGUCGUGUCCCGGCCCACCAAGCUGAAGGACCUGAUCCGCCUGGUGAAGCACUGGUACCAACAGUGCAAAAGGAAGCUGAAGUCCCGGGGCUCCUUGCCCCCAAAGUACGCCUUGGAGCUGCUCACGGUCUACGCGUGGGAGCAGGGGAGCGGGGCCGAGGAUUUCGACACAGCCGAGGGGUUCCGGACCGUCCUGGACUUGGUCUCGCAGUACCAGCAGCUCUGUGUGUUCUGGACGGUCAACUACAGCCUGGACGAGGACACGAUGAGGACCUUCCUGCUGGCCCAGAUCCAGAAAACCAGGCCUGUCAUCUUGGACCCAGCUGAACCUACUGGUGACGUGGGUGGAGGAGACCGUUGGUGCUGGCACCUGCUGGCCAAAGAAGCAAAGGAAUGGUUCUCUUCUCCCUGCUUCAAGAACGGUGCUGGGUACCCAGUCCAGCCAUGGAAAGUGCCAGUAAGAGUGUUCUAAGGGGCGUGCCCUCCGGAUAAAGCCGUGGAACAAAUACAGCCACAGAGCACCCAGCCCUGGGGCUGACACAGUUGGUCGCACCCCCCCCCUCGCCCGCCCCGAAGCAUCCCUGAAGUCGGCCACAGCCUCAGUGCUCUUGAUGUUUGGGGCUGGGAAUCCCCUGUUGCAGGAACCUGUCAGGACCCCACCAGCACCCUGGGGCUUUGCCCACUGGAUGCCAGUCACAUCUCCCUGCCACAGUGACAACCACAGGUGCCUUAAGACAUUGUUCAAUGUCAUUAACUUUAGUAGUCAUGGCUGCCACCCCAGAAGGUCUGCCACACCUGUCCAAAGUGCCCCCCCCUGCCAAGAUGCCCCCUGGUAUCUCGCCCAGAGGAACUUCCACCUGGUGCACUGGGCUCUCCAUCCACACCAGGGUCUUUCUUUAAAGCAGAGUUUUCCAGUUUUGGCUGAUUGACAGUUGAGGCCAGUCUGCAUGUCUGCAUGCGUCUCCACCUGUUAGGUGCCUCCCAGCUGGGUCAAUGUAAAAUGUCUCAAGACAUCAUCAGGCAUCCUCUGGGGAGCAAAAUUGCCCCCCCAGGUGAGACCCUCUGCUUUCUGUCCCCAACCUGGGCGCCAGCCCUCCUUACCAUGAACUGAACUAUUGAUUAAAAAAUUACCCCUGGCCACAUCCCUCUGCCCAA